CCGGUUGUUACUUGUUACAUGCGAUAAUAUGCGGCGUAGCUUUUCGAUACCUUUGCUGAUGCCGCCGCGUUGUAUCUCCUGAAAGAAAGGUUAACUGAGUAAAGGAAUCGUUUUCCUGAUCGCCGACAUGGAGCUCACCGACGACAAUUUGGUAACGUUGAGCGAAUAUCUGAAACACACUCUCAGCCCAGACGUGAAUGUUAGACGUCCAGCCGAGAAGUUUCUGGAGUCGGUGGAAGUCAAUCAGAAUUAUCCUUUACUACUACUUCAUUUGGUGGACAAGUCUGAGAUUAACAUCACGAUUAGGAUUGCCGGCGCAGUUGCAUUUAAGAAUUAUGUUAAGCGCAAUUGGAAAGUGGAGGAGGAUUCAGUGGAUCGUAUACAUGCCCAAGACAGAGACGCCGUCAAGAAACUAAUCGUUAAUCUGAUGUUACAUUCACCAGAUUCGAUACAAAAGCAGUUGUCCGAUGCAGUAUCUAUCAUUGGAAAAUAUGACUUUCCGAAUAAGUGGCCAGAAUUGAUUGAUCAGAUGGUAGACAAGUUCAACACUGGCGAUUUCCAUGUGAUCAAUGGAGUCCUACACACGGCGCAUUCCUUAUUUAAGAGAUAUAGAUACGAAUUUAAAAGCGAGAGCCUAUGGACAGAAAUAAAAUUUGUAUUAGAUAAGUUUGCCAAGCCUUUAACAGAUCUGUUUUUAGCUACAAUGAAUUUAACGCAAGUACAUGCUAAUAAUAUGGAAGCCUUGAAGGUUAUAUAUAAUUCCCUAGUUAUUUUGUGUAAAGUUUUCUACUCUCUUAACUUCCAAGAUCUACCAGAAUUCUUCGAAGAUAAUAUGGAAGCGUGGAUGAGAAACUUUCAUACUUUGUUACACGUUGAUGUUCCUUCCUUGCAAACUACGGACGAGGAAGAAGCAGGUGUAAUAGAGCAAUUAAAGUCACAAGUAUGUGAUAAUGUUGGCCUAUAUGCUCUAAAGUAUGACGAGGAAUUCCAGCCUUACCUACCCCUAUUUGUUACAGCGGUGUGGAAUUUACUCACAUCUACAGGACAAAAUUCCAAAUACGAUGCUCUAGUAUCAAAUGCAUUGCAAUUCUUAGCCACGGUAGCUGAUCGGGCGCAAUAUAGACAUUUGUUCGAAGAUCCAACAACUCUUAGCAAUAUCUGUGAAAAAGUCAUUAUUCCUAACAUGGAAUUUAGAGCGACGGACAAUGAGUUGUUCAUCGAUAAUCCUGAGGAAUAUAUCAGACGAGAUAUCGAAGGCAGCGAUGUAGAUACCAGGAGGCGUGCUGCAUGUGAUUUGGUCAAAGUAUUGUCUAAAUACUUUGAAGGGAAGAUUAUGGACAUCUUUGGAUCAUAUAUACAGGUGAUGCUGAACAAGUAUGCCGACGAUCCGUCGAAACAUUGGCGCAGUAAAGAUGCUGCUAUUUAUCUCGUUACUAGUAGCGCGAGUAAAGCACAAACGCAGAGGCACGGGGUUACUCAAAGUAGCGAGCUUGUCUCUAUACCGCAAUUUGCUGCGCAACAUAUCGAACCUGAGUUAGCAAAACCAGACGUAAAUGAGUUUCCAGUACUUAAAGCGGACGGAAUAAAAUUUGUAAUGACAUUUAGAUCGAUAUUACCUCAUGAGAUGGUAAUAAGAAGUUUGCCGCAAUUAAUAAGACAUCUAAGUGCGAGCAGUAUUGUCGUACACAGUUACGCUGCUUGCGCGAUCGAAAAGAUAUUCGCAAUGAGGGGUGCCGAUAAUUUGUCCAUAGUCAAAGGGGUCGAUAUAGCGCCAUUAGCAGCGGAUUUAUUGAAAGGACUUUUUGCAUGUAUGAGCAUUCCGGGUUCCGAAGAGAACGAAUAUGUUAUGAGAGCUAUCAUGAGGAGUUUCGCUAUUUUGCAAGAAGCUGUGGUGCCCUUCUUGGCCGAUUUACUUCCGAAACUUACCGAAAAACUCAUGAUCGUAUCCCGGAAUCCAAGUCGACCAAACUUUAAUCAUUAUCUCUUCGAAACUUUAAGUUUAUCUAUCAAAAUUGUUUGCAAAACAAAUCCCGAAGCAACGUCAUCUUUUGAACAAGCAUUGUUUCCCAUCUUUCAAGGAAUUUUGCAACAGGACAUACCAGAGUUUAUCCCUUAUGUUUUCCAAAUUCUCGCAUUGCUUUUGGAGCUACGGCCCACUCAAGAUGUACCGGAGCCAUACAUGGCUCUGUUCCCGUGCUUAUUAUCACCUGUACUAUUUGAACGUCAAGCCAAUAUCCAUCCUUUGAUUCGUUUAUUACAAGCAUUCAUUAGUCACGGCUCGCAUCAGAUUGUAGCGCAGGAUAAGACGAGUGCGCUAUUGGGAGUAUUCCAAAAGCUAAUUGCAUCGAAAGCGAAUGAUCAUGAAGGAUUUUUACUAAUACAAAGCAUUAUUGAACACUUUGAACCGAACAUUUUGGAACCGUAUAUGAAACAAAUUUUCGUGCUUUUCUUUCAAAGGCUUUCGACAUCGAAGACAACGAAGUUUGUGAAAGGUCUAAUAGUAUUUUUUGCAUAUUACAUUAUUAGAUACUCAUCGUCGGGGUUGAUUGCGAUUAUCGACCAAAUACAGCCGCAAAUGUUUGGAAUGGUGGUGGAACGCGUGUUCAUAACCGACCUGCAAAAAAUAUCAGGCGAGGUCGAGCGAAAAGUGGUGGCUGUCGGAGUUUCGAACUUGCUUAUUGAUUGUCCCGCAAUGCUUGAAGCUCCAUACAAUUCGUAUUAUCCUCGCUUAUUAGCUACAUUGGUCGAGUUCUUUGAACUACCGCAAGAUCAAAGCUUGCUACCGGAGGACGAUGCAUUUCCGGAACUCGAUGACGCAGUCGGCUACCAAGUUGGUUACAGUCAACUCAUCUGCGCAAGAAAUCCUCGGAAAGAUCCAUUGCAAAAUAUUGGUGAUAUUCGUUUGCAUUUGGCGCAAGGCCUUGGAAGAUUAUCGCCAGGACAUUUGCCAGGAUUGUUGGGCCAGAUACCCGAAGCAAACGCGAAUCACUUGAGAAAUUAUCUCCAAACUGCUGGUAUUACUGUUGCAUAAUACGAGCUAGAUGUUCGAAACAGACUGAAAAUCCAUUUGAUAGCUCGAAAAAUGAACAAUAUUGAACUUAACAAAUUGUAAUUAAAGAAGAAUCUUUUUUAUACGGUAAUUGUACAACUCGUGAAAUACAUUAUCGUAUUCUACUUAUAAUUUACAAUAUUGUAGAAAAUAUUUGUCAUUUUUUACACCAUAACUUUGACAUUUAUAUAUAUCACAAAAAAAAACUAGAAAGAUAAAAAGAAAAUACGUAUGUCUACAUAAUUGUAUUUAUAAUUUUGAUGCGCACAAGCUAAAAAGGAAUGAUUUAGAUAAGACUACGUUUACACGCCUGAUUUACGCCGAAGUUAUAACUAUUGACGUUAAAUGUCGUGUUACUCUCAGGUUUAUAAAAUAUCCGUUUCUUUUUUUUUUCUUAAAUCAUUUAUUUAAUCGAUUCGAUACAUAGCUAAUAUACUUUCUAUGAUAUUUACAUGUAAAAUAAUAUUGGCACUAGUGUAAAUUGCUCCUCAAAUGUUUUUGAAAUGCAUAUCCAUUUAUUGUUGAAUAACUUAUCCUAGUUCUCUUUUAUUAUUUUUUUUUAAUGUAAGAACAUUCAUCUAUUUAAAUCUAAUAUCUUUCUAUUAUUGAAUAUUUAUAUUAUUGAAAAGGAAUUAAUCAAUAGUUUCACAGGAUAGUGAAGUUGCAUUGAUAAAAUAUUUUACAAAUUAUGAUUGAAAAAGUAAAACGUCAAUCUACUUUUCUAAAACAAUCGAGAAAAGAUUUAUGUUGAAGAUCUACAUCAAUUAUCUUUGAUUAAAAUAUCAUUAACAAAGAAAAUAUCGAAGAGUACGUGGGGAAGAUUACCUAAUAUUUUAUUAUUUUUUCUUGAAUAUUGUUUUUUAUAUUUUAUCAUAUUUCUACCGACGUGACAAAUAUAUAUGAUAGACAGGAUAUCGCAAAUAAAUAAUACUAAAUUAUAUAAUAUAAAAUGGGUAAUUUAUCAUAGAAGAUACUUGAGAGGUAAUAAAAAAAUAGUUAACGUUUGCCUAGUGACUAUAAUAACCGCUACUUUUCACAAUAUUUUUUAACAUACGUAGAAGUGGCUUGUUAGAGUGAAAAUAUGUUACGUGCAAGAUUUUAUAAA